AUGAAUAACGACGACGAUGACAUAUUCAAAAUUGAUCCAGAGACCGCAUGGCUUGAAACAGUGACAAUUGGCGGCUUUCGUGUAUGGCAUAUAAUUGCCUUUUGUUUAGGGAUCGUAUUAAGCAUAAUAAUAAUGGUUUGUUGUUGUAUACGUUUUCGUAUACCACGUACUAAGCAAGAAAUCGAGGCCGAUUACCAACGUAAACAAAUUACGAAAAAAUUCCACGAAAAAUUGCAACAAAUUAAAAACUCAGAUAUGGAUAAUAUGGAUUUGCAAAAAGCCAUUGAAUACAUGCAGUCUAACUACCUCAUGAAAGAUUACAGUGCGGAAAAUUUACAAAAAGGUUUAAGUAAAAAAGGCGUGUAUUAG